GGCCGCACCGCCCCCGCGCAGGGCGGGCUCGGCGCGCUUAUUCCGCCCGGAGGAGCGCAGCUGCGGGCUCGCCGCCGGCCGCCGCUGCGGGAUGCUGCGCUCCACGUCCACCGUCACCCUGCUCUCGGGUGGCGGCGCCGGGGCGCCCAGCAGGAGGGCAAAUGUCUGCAGACUGCGGCUGACUGUACCUCCCGAGAGUCCAGCUCCAGAGUCAGGUGAAAAGAAGGUCGAGAGAAAAGAACAACGUCCUGACUUAAGCAAUGGAGAACCGACCAGGAAACUUCCUCAGGGUGUUGUGUACGGUGUGGUGCGGAGAUCAGAUCCCAACGAACAGAAGGAAAUGGUGGUGUAUGGGUGGUCCACCAAUCAGCUGAAAGAAGAGAUGAACUACAUCAAAGACGUGAGAGCCACUUUGGAAAAAGUAAGGAAGCGAAUGUAUGGAGACUAUGAUGAAAUGAGACAGAAGAUUCGACAGCUCACCCAGGAACUGUCAGUUUCACAGGCUCAGCAGGAGUAUCUAGAGAAUCACAUCCAGACACAGUCGUCAGCCCUGGACAGCUUUAAUGCCAUGAACUCAGCCUUAGCAUCGGACUCCAUUGGCCUGCAGAAAACCCUCGUGGAUGUUACUUUGGAAAAUAGCACCAUUAAGGACCAGAUCAGAAAUCUGCAGCAGACCUAUGAAGCAUCCAUGGACAAGCUGCGGGAAAAGCAGAGGCAGUUGGAGGCAGCGCAAGUUGAAAACCAGCUGCUGAAGAUGAAGGUGGAAUCCUCCCAGGAAGCCAACGCCGAGGUGAUGCGAGAGAUGACCAAGAGGCUGUACAGCCAGUACGAGGAGAAGCUGCAGGAAGAGCAGCGGAAGCACAGUGCCGAGAAGGAGGCUCUGCUGGAAGAAACCAAUAGUUUUCUGAAAGCUAUUGAAGAAGCCAAUAAAAAGAUGGAGGCGGCGGAGAUCAGCCUGGAGGAGAAGGACCAGAAGAUUGGAGAGCUGGACAGGCUGAUUGAGCGCAUGGAAAAGGAACGCCAUCAACUACAGCUACAGCUCCUGGAGCAUGAAACAGAAAUGUCAGGGGAAAUAACUGGUUCUGACAAGGAAAGGUAUCGGCAGCUGGAGGAGGCAUCUGCCAGCCUCCGGGAACGGAUCAGACACCUAGACGACAUGGUGCAUUGCCAGCAGAAGAAAGUCAAACAGAUGGUUGAGGAGAUCAUGUCACAUGAGCUCUUCUCCAGAUUUAGUCUCCGGUUCUUUGGAAGAUGAUAAAAUGGUAGCCUGGGUUGGAAGCAAUUGUGUUUAUUCGUGAUUAGAAGAAUCUUGUACUUUCUCGGCUGGGAAGAGGUGGCAUGUAUUGGUGAUGAGUCCAACGAACAAAACAGGAAGGACAUGAUGUGGAAGGAAAAAUUGACCACGUAGGGCUCUCAUUUGUGAAAACACCACACAUUGUCACCUCAACCUGUCCAGCCUCACACUGCAGAGACAAGAGAACUCAAAGAAUAUUUUUAGAAACGGUGGGUUCCUAGGCAUCAAAGAAAGAACUGCAAUGAAAAAUAGUACUAAACUAUAAUUCAGGAAGUGCCAGGUGGAGGCUGGUUCUGAGAUCUCGGAAAAUGAAGCCUUACCUACAGAAAAGCGGCCAAGCACACCUGCUAAGGAGCUGGGAAGCAGGCUUGAAGAACUCCUCCCGUGUUCCAGGAAGGAAAUGCUCCCCUCCAGAUCACAGUCCAGAUAAUACUGAAGAAGUGUAGUUUGAUUAUAUUUGCAUGUGGGAGGUGGCCCUGAGGAUGUCCUUCCUGAAUGGAGAUCAAAAGCACGAGUCAACUUAGUAUUCUCUUUGCUUAAGCCAGGUUUGGUCUGCUUUUUAUCCCCAUGGGCAAUCUACCUGAGUAGACACUUCAACUAACUUCAUGAGAAGGAGAAGUGUAUCUGAGGAAAAGAGACAUCUAUUUGACUGAAAUAUAUUCAAGUGAAAUAUAUUGCACAGCUGCUUUAUUUUUAUAGCGAUCUCCUUGAGACAAGCCACAGGUGCUGGGAUGUCAUCAAAACUUAAGAGUGUUCCUGAAUACGCGUAGUGGUAGCAGCAGUAGGAGUAAUAGUGGGUGGUAUUAGCCUAAUAAGCUAGUGGAUGGGGCUGACUUCCCUAAGGGGCUGGGUGUCCCUUCCAUGUUGGGUGGUUCUCUGCUCUGACUUCUCCCUGGCAAAGUGGGUUUCCUGUUAAUAUUUGUCUUUGUGUCUCAUUCAGAUGCUUUUGCCCCACUUUAGCAAGUAGGCAGUGCAUGGGAAGGAAGCCGUGGAUUCUAGGGCUAGAGUUUUGUCUCUUGGCCACUCACAACCCCACCCCAAAGAGGUGCCACUCUGAAGUUUGAGGCAGGAUUCAUUUAUAGUAACUAAAAAUGUUUCAAAUUCUCACGUUCAGCAUAUUAUUCACUUCUUUAUUUUGAAAUCUUGGAUACACUAAAAUGUGAAGGUUUUAGAAAGUACCAGGAAGCUCACCACAUGUGUGAGACUUGUUUUUUUCUGUGCAUUAUGGAAAUAUUGCAGGUUCAUUUUAUGACGUGUGCUCAUUAAUAUAUUUACGAUACAAAUUGUUCUUUUGAGGGAGAAGGUUCUUUUGUUUGUGAAUGUCAUUGAAUUCGCUUUCUCUUUCUUGAGAUUGUUUCUAAUUGGCUGUAAAAUAUUUCUCAGGGUCCUGGGUGCCCACGUUCUGCCUGUAGUUUGUACAGCUACACUCUUGUUCUAAGUAACUACCAGCUACGGAAUGUUUCUCACAUCUCAAACCCAUGCAUCUAGGCCUAACAUUCCCACACGAAUCCUCUACGGGGCAUAUUAUUAGCACAAUUUUUUUUUUUUUUAAUCCCAGAAAACUAAAACUUAAAGAAAAGUAACAGGUGGUCUCUCAGCAAAUGAUGGUGCUCCUGGGGCCACAGCAAGACCUUUGGCUCCAAAGCCAGUGUGCAUUCUUUCACUUGCUUUUUAUUUGCUUUUUUUUAAUUGAAAAAAUUGUAAAUAAGGAAAAUCAUAGAGAAUGCUAGAAACAAAGACCCAUGUAUUGUCCUCUAGAAUUGAGUGUUAACAUUUUGGCAUAUUUCAGGUUUCUUCCAAGUCCUAGAAAACAUUACAAAGAAUUGUCUUUUUAUUCCUCUGAUCUUUUUCCAUCUUCUCUACUCUCUCCCUCUUCAGAAGCAAUUUGUUCUCCAUCCAGGGCAUGUUCUGAUGCUUUUACUACGUACAUAUGUAUUUGUCAUCAGUAUUUAGCCUAACUUCGGUGUUUACAAAUGGAUGUGCAUUUUUAUUUAUAAUAGAUAAGUAGAUUUUAUUGUACCUCUUAUUCCAGUUUUCCCCCAAUUACAUUCCUGUUUCUGAUGUUACAGAUAAAUAUAAAUUAUUUAUUUUAAUGGCUCUGUAAUAUUUCAUUGUGUGAAUGUAUUGUCAUGUGUCCUAUCGAUACUUAGCUUGUUUCCGAAUUUCUGUUCUUUUACAAACAAUGCCAAGCACGUCUCUUUGCUUCUGUACUUCCGGAACAUAGUUGGAGUCACUUGGUCCCCAGAGAGGGACUUGAACCCACCUGGAGGGUGGAUUUCCCCACAUCCUCACCACCUCUUGGCAUGGUUGGACUAUAAAUGUAGCCAUUUGUGAAACAGUAUCUCCUUUAACUUUGAUUUGCUUCAGCCCAAGACCACUCAUCACUACAGGUGCGGCUGAGCAUCUUCUCAUUAGCUCUUUGAGCAUUCAGGCUUCCGCCUUUGUGAACUGGCUGUUCAUAUCCUUUGCUCCCUUUCCUGUUUGGCUGUCUUGUCUCCUGCUGAUCUGUCGGAACUGUGGAUCCUGCCAACGUCGAUCGUUUGUCAAAAUGUGUUUGCAUGCUAUUGUCUUCUCCCAGUCAAUGUUUUUGUUCGUUUCGUUAUGGUAUCUUGUAAAAUGUACAAGUUUUAAAUUUUGGUAUAAAUGUAUCCAUCCUUUGGUGCUUUGUGUGUCUUGUUUGUCUCCUGUAAGGUUAUUUGUGUAAUACUUUUAUGAAAGUUUUGUUUUUUAUCUUUAAUUACAGCCUCCCACACUCAUACCCUUUAUCUUCUUCCUUACUCUUUCUCUGUAGCACUUAUCCUGUUAUAUAUACUACACUUACCUAUUUUGCUUACUUAUUGUCUGUUUUCCUUCACUAGAAUGUAAGCUCCAUGAGAGCAGUGGUUUUUCUCUGUUUUGUUCUUGGCUGUGCUCCUAACAUCUGCAACAGUCACUGGCAUAUAGUAGGUGCUCAAUAAAUACUUGUUGAACAAAUAAAGAAUAAUCCAUGUGGAAUUUA